UAUAUAUAUAUACGUGAAGAAUGUUUAGUCCGUUUUAAAUUAUUGAGCUUAUAAGUUGUUAGUUUAUAGUAUUCGACAUAGAUAAAAGAAAAAAUAUAAAAACGACUAUGUUUAUCAAAAGCAACUUGUAUUUAUUUAAUUCCAUCUUCAAGAGAGGAAUACACGGCAAUAAAAGUUUAAUAGAGAAUUGUAUCGAGGUUACAAAUCGGAAUCCACGAAAUUUGGAACGUUUACUAAUAGCUAGGAAGCCUCAGGGAUAUCAUCUCGAAAAACAGUUUCGUAAUUUCUGGCAUAAAUUACAAAUUUCACCGUCCCAACGUUAUGUAGUCGUCGAAAUAGUACAUUUUCAAAAUGGUCCUGUUAUCACUGUGUCGAGUAAUGAAUGGGCACUUAAGAAACUAUUGUACAGAAAAUAUGAUAGUAUGGCGUAUAUUGCUUUGGGACAAGUACUGGCAGAGCGUUGUUUAGAAAGUGGAAUAAAUGAAAUUUAUUACGAUGAAAGUUCCAAUAGUAAAGUAUCUUUAUUAUUAAAAGAAUUAGAAAAGAACAACAUUAUUCUUCAUGAACCUGAUAGAUAUAUUCAUCCAUACCCUUGGAGUUUAUUCAGACCUGAAAAACCAUGGGAAACUCACGAGUAAUAUAAGUUACGAUUGAAGUUAGUUUUUUUUUUU